GGAGUUUUGGGGCUUUUCAACUCUUUGGAAACCUCCAUACGGACGUGCAUAGACUCUUUCUGUUGCCCCUCCAUCGGGGUGAACAGCACACUUCCGCAGGAUGGCAGUGCGAGGCACGGUUCCUCCUCCGGAUUACUACCCGUUUGACAUCGCCCUCUCAGCCCAGCCACCAGAAGACCUGCAGGGCUUUUAUAAGGCAAACCAGCACAUGCUGAGCAGAUCCGGCUCGCAUUACGGCCUCUCCAGGACUGCAUGGGAUCAGACUCGAGCGGCUACUCCUGGUCCUCCUCCACCUCCUCCGCCGCCCCCUCCACCCCCUCCUCCACCCCCGCCCUCGGCUCACGAGAUCAGCCGCAUGUACAGGGAUUCCCUCUCCAUCAAGAUGAUCCCAGACAGUCAGCGCAUUCGCAGUAGAGCCGCUUCUCCUGCCUGCUUCGGCGUUGAAUCUGGCUUUCCCGGUCACUCCAUUCCCACAGACCUGAACGGAUAUUCCCUGGAGUCCUGUCAGCCAGCCUCCACCUGCAUCGUGGUGGAUCCCACAGCCUCAGGUAUGGACGGGAAUAUUCCCAGAGGAACUCUUUCCUAUGGUUCCGUGGUGACUCCGAGGAUGCCGUAUGAUCCUGCGUAUGAUCCAGGAUCUGCUAUGGUGCAUGCAUCACCUGCUCCGCUUAACACAGGUAUGCCUGUGCACCAUCCAUCAGCUGGAGUUGACCCUAAGAGAAACGUGGAUCCAAGUUUUCUUGCACUCCUUCGCUCUGAGGGUCUGUCAGAAAGCACCAUUACUCUACUCCUACAGCAAGGGUUUGAUUCCACAUCAAUGCUUGCCAUGAUGGAAGAUCAUGACGUCCGUUCUGUGGCUCCUAAUUUGGGUCAAGCACGAGUGUUAUCUCGAAUUGUGCUGAAUUGCAAGACUGGAGCGACGGUAAUGCGCGGUCGCUCCAAUAGCUUCAGCCAUCGUAAUGAUCUCUACAUGCAGCCGCAGAGUCUCGGUAUGGAUGCACAGCUCAUGCAGCAGCCUCCGAAUGCUUUGCAGUCUGUUUCUCCGAGGAUGGGAGAGUUUUUAGGUCGUAGACCCAGUAGCGCACCAUCUCAGCAUCUACUGGAAACUACUACAUAUCCUGCAAGUCGACCAAUUGGAGGUCUCCCGGUUAGUCCGGGUGGUUACACCAAUGCAUUGCCUCAAUCUCGACCGUUAUCGAUGUAUAAUGCUCACACCGGUCUGGCCAUGUCUGCUCUGCCGGCUCAACAGCAGCCUCCGAUGACUCCAGGAGCGGCUCCGAAGACGUUUUCCGGCACGUACACGCCGAUGGAGCUGAUGAAGCGUCCUCCCAAUCUGCCUCCGCUGUCUCCGGCUCACAGUCCGCAUCUGAGCCCUCAGUUACUGCGCAAAGGAGCGGCGGUGGAAAGUGCCGUCAUUCCAGCAUCUUCUGCCAUCCAGACGCAGAAUAUUAAUCCCAAUAACAAGCAGACGCGCAGAACCGGACCUCCAGUCAUCGUGUCCACCAUGGCUUCACCGGAAACAAUAUUCAGAGUGUUUAUUGCCAUCUGCACAGUAGGGAUUGCCUGCACAGGUUGCAUGUAG